CUAUCGCAUCGCAAGUCAGGUCAUUUGGCAGUCGGCGCCUUAACGAAUCUGUCAGAUCAUAAUAACGAGAUGGUCUUGGUUACUGAGCAAAUAUGGCGGCUGCACCAUUCCUCUCUCCAACGUUACGAGUCAACACAUUCGAAUUCUCCUGCAAAAUGUCAUUCCUGCUUCUUGACCCUUUGAAGACACCAGGCCCCAGCACCAUUCCCCAUCUCCUGGGGCGGUUCGUUCUCGACCGGUCGGACCCAAUGAUAGGUGGCUAUGCUCCCGAAGACCCGUCCGGCGUUGUCGAGCGCUUCAUCGACGACGAGUUAAUCGCAUCUAACGGAGAACUCUUCGUGCAGAGGCUUUCGUCCACGAAAAUCACGGCAGUCGUUCGCAAGGCCAUCCAAGUUGCCGUCAGGCACGAGGCGUCCAGCAACGGGGAUACCACCAUUGACUCGGUCAAGAUCAUCCGCCUGCGCAUGAAGCAGGCGCGAGAGGCCUUCGACGCCUUGAUCGAUGCUGAUACCAUUCGGGCCCAGGUGCAACAGCUGAUGAAGCGGGCCAAAACCAGCCGUGCGUGGAUGAUCACGGGCAUUUUGAUUGGCCAGGAUGCUACCAUUGAGACAAACGCCGAGUCGAAAAAGAUCAAGGGAGUGUCAGCGGCGCUCGAGGUGCCUGCCGAAGUGGCCGCUGCGGCACCAGCGCUUGCUCCGCUGGCUGGCUCCAAAGUCGGAGAAGUUGCAGUCGAAAGGCGCCACGAGGCCGGGUCUAAGGUAAAGGGAACCAUCGAGGGAGAGCGAGUAUUUGCUGUCGAGUAUUGGCGGUGCGAAAGUCCAAGUAUGGUUGAGCGGCUCCGAGGCGGGCCGCCCAUUCGAGAGCGUGGGCCGCAGUUUGUUGAAACUGGGGAGUACGGGCUUGGGGAAGAGGAAGAAGACGACAUGGAUGCUGAUGAUUUCUCCCUGGUACUUUCGACGAAACCAGAGCCAUCCGCGGAUGUUGGAGGGAUUGUAUUUGAUUGCUGAGGUACGUGAUGUCCGACCCAUCUGCCAAUACAGGACAAUUGUUCUGUCGCGUCAAGAAGAACAGCAGGCAUGCGAAGGAACCAUGAAUAUAAUAAGGAUAACGCAGAUAAAGUCGAAGUACUCGUUAUGUAUAUCACCAUAUAGGGUGUUUCACUCCGCGGGGAUGUCGAUCACCUCACCUAAACCGGACAGGCCUCUGACCAAAAGGUCUCUAAAUAGAGCACUGUAAUAAGAGUAGUUACGUCG